AGCGAAAAUUACAGCUGCAAAUAUGCCAAAGAAAUCAAGGACACCCAUUUUGGAACUGGGAAUGAUCAGGUAACCCUCCACACCGGGGUACUCUAUCUCAGUAGGGGCAGAGUGGAAGCCUUCGCAUCCCUCUCAUCAUCUCUACAGCACGAUGCAGUGGCAACCUGGGCUCAUCUUGACCCAGUGCUGAGAUACAUACGAGGAAAGUAUCCUGAAGUCCACAACCUACAUUUCAUUUCAGAUGGCCCAACUUCCCAGUAUAGAAACAAAACAUCUUUCUAUCUAGCCUCCACUGUGCCCUUUAUGCAUGGAUUUGAAUGGGUGACCUGGAACUAUACUGAGGCAUCACAUGGCAAAGGUGCACCAGAUGGAGUUGGUGGGGCCUUGAAGAAUCUUGCGGACAGAAUUGUUUCUUAUGGGACCAGUAUUCCUGAUGCAGACUCUCUGUAUGAGCAGCUGAAGAACAAUUCAUCAGUGACUCUGUACAAAGUAUCAGAGGAGAAAAUAAAGGCCAGCUGCGAAUUGGUUCCCCCCAACCUGAAAGCAGUUCCUGGGACACUGAAAAUACACCAACUGACAUCCACAAAACCAGGAGUCAUAAAUACACGGGAGGUGUCAUGCUUUUGUGGAAAAAAUUGCCAGUGCUUUUCUACAAAUUGCCACAUGUUCUCUGAGGGAAGAGAUGAGGACCCUGACAGAACAGAGGCCACCAUAGAGGUUGGAAAGUGGGUCCUGGUUGAAUACGAUGGUGACUUGUUUCCUGGUACAGUCACACAGAUUGCUGAAGGGCAGUAUGAAGUCGACACCAUGAAUUGUGCCGGGGAGAACCGCUUCUAUGUACCAAGCAUCAGAUUUCCAGGAGAAAGGGUCUGGUACUAUCGUCAGGACAUACGGGACAUAAUCCCAGAACCACUUCCUGUCACCUCCUCUGCUAGACAUUUCUGCAUUUUACCUGACAUAUGGGCAAAACACAAGAAAUGCUCAUGA